AUGGUACACGGCGGCAAACGCGGAAUCCUAGAUUUCACCUAUGAUAUGGACGGAAAAACCUAUGGUGUGCUAAAAUAUGCUUACCUUCCACGCAGGCUUGACAUGGUUAUAAUGGACGAGUCUAUCAAAUACGCUGAGGAUGCUGUGUUCUCGGCCGCCUUUCAACUAUUGGCAGGGCUAGAGCACCUGCACGAAGCAAUAAAAAUUACUCAUGGAAAUUUGAACGUCACAAACAUCUUCGUCGAUACUGCGGGUGUAAUGAAAAUUGCCGACUUCAGUCUAGCCCAGGACCUCACUAAGACGCCGGUGAAAACUGUAAAAGAAUUGAAAGCUGAGAUCGAAUGGCUCGUGCCGCAAGACGUCGACUGGCCGAAAAACACGUUUGAAACGUCCUUAGCCAGCGCGCCGGGCCUCAGCCCACCGAUCCCUAUGCAGCAAGCUCGCCGAGCUCUGAAUACCCCUAAAGUUCAUUCAAGCUCGGGCCACUCGAAAACAGCCGUAUUGCCGCAGGCGGAGGCAAUGGAGGUGGCGAUACCACGAGGAAGUGGAACAGCAGGAACCAUGGACGAGACGGCCGAGAAGGUUGUCUGCCGGCCGCCUCAUUUUUCCCUAAGUCUGCACGAAAUGCCCUGGUAUCCGCAAGGAUUCAGCUUCACUCCAACACAGGGAUUUGUGCGCGCAAGAAAGGACCGCUAUGUCUUAUGGGAUAUCGAGAGCAAGACCGUAUGGAAGGUCUAUCAGCUCACGGAUGAGAAGGGCAAACCCCUUGAUGAGAAUAAGAGGCACUUUCAAAGGGAAGGUUUUAACAACGUCCGACUACUGGGAUCUCGCCAUAGAAACAUACGGGCGAUACGGCAGGGCGGAAUGGAUGUCUAUAAGAAGGACGGAGUAGAUUAUGGCGUGCUGAUAUUCGAUUAUCUUCCACAGUGCCUCGGAAAAGUGAUCUGGGACUCAGCCACUGCUUACAACGCCGCCGAUGUCACGUCGGCAGCGUUUCAACUCACUGAAGGCAUACGCCAUCUGCACGAUGUGUUGGGUUUGACGCACCGGGAUAUAAAGCCAGAUAAUGUCUUGAUCGAUGAUGACGGGGCUUUGAAAAUCACCGACUUCAAUAUAGCACUCUGGGAACGUUCCGGAAGCUUACACAGCGCCACAGGAACGCGACGCUAUAUGCAUCCACGACAACUAUUUGGAGGGAAUUUCAAUGACACGGACGACCUAUGGUCGCUGGGUGUUCUUAUAUGGGAACUAGUCACACGAAAGAAAUGCUUCAAUGGAAUGUCGCAGGAACAAUUGCUCGAAUAUCGAGAAAAUAAGGAAUUUGAGGUGCCCCCGUUGGAAGGCGAACAUUGGAUUACCCAGCUAAUCAAAAGGUGCUGUCAAGAAACAAACCAAGAAACCGCUGAGUGGAUGAAAAUCUGGAUCCUGGAACAGAAACCAAUGCCUACAGCAACUUUCCAUACCACUCCGGUCCAACCCGCCGAGCUUCGCUUGCCGGCCGGGCUUGAGGCGGUUCGGAUUGAGGAUACGCCGAUCUACCAGAUAUUUUGCGACAACGGAACAUCAAUGGCAAACCAGGCUGAAUCAGCGGCUUUUUCUUCCUCUUUUGAUGCAGUUGGUAAUAACUUCUUGGCUUCGCUGGAUGAGUACGUCCCGCCAGCCCAACGAAGUACGACAACAGAUAAAUGCGUUAUUAGU